UUGUUUAUUGUCCAUCAAAAUGUUAAAGGUAUUACUAGUUUUAGGAACAUUAGUAUCUAGCAUAUUGGCUUUAACUGAGGAACAAAUAGCAUUAAUGAACUCUUUGCAUGCAGAAUGUGUUUCCCAAAGUAAAGUAGCUGAAGAUGUGGUAAGCGCGGCAAAAAACGGCAACAUCGGUGACGAUAAUAAUUUGAAAUGUUACAUGAAAUGUAUCUUGGAUGAACUUGGAGUGAUUGACGACGAUGAAAAAAUUGACGUCGAUGGUGUUGUGGCUAUGCUGCCAGAGGAAAUGCAAGAAUUUGCUCCGGCGGUAUUGAAAAAGUGCGGGACACAAAGUGGGGCUGAUCUUUGUGAUUCAAUUUUCAAUACGUUCAAAUGUUAUUAUGAGACAGACAAAAGGGUAUUUUUUUUGCCAUAGAAACUUCAAGGUAAUUUUAUACCAUAACCACAAUUAUUUAGCAUCGUUAUAUUUGUAUUUUACUCAAAUUUAAGUGAAAUUUUAGUACUGUAUUGAAUUUGCAAAUAAAUCACUGUUUUAAAACGUUUA